ACAAAGUGAGCGUAGAAGUUUUUUUUUUCCUUUUUAUUUAUUUGUUGUGGAAAGAGAUAAAAAGUAAAGGAAAAGGGAAAGUUAUAAUAUUUAACUUUAUUUUUAUUCAAUGGUCUUUGCUUAGUGUGAACACUAAAUUUGGGAAAAGGAGAAAGAAAGAAAAAUUGCCUUUGACAAAGUUGUUGUGGAUCUUUGCUUUUGCUAAAAGUGGAUGAAUUACCUGAAAAUUUUAGUAUCCUUUUUAAGUGGUUUGGUGGUUUAGCCAUCUAUAUAAGAUUUUUUAGGCAACUUGAUAGGGUUUCUUGAUAGAUAAAGUGCAUGUGAAGAAGAUAUUAACUUUAGUUUUGGGAAGGGAAAGUUCUUUUGAUUUUGGGGUUUUUCCUUUCCAUCCAAAUGCUUACUUAUGGAAAUUUGGCUUGUCUGAAGGAAUUUUGGGUUCAAAUUUCAGGCAACCUGGUUCAGACCUCCACUAUCUUGGAAUAUGACUUGGGAGGAGAAGGGGAUCUUUUCAAAGCUCCAGAACCCAUCAUUGAAGAACCAGUUGUGAGCCUUGAUCCCAUGACAGCUGCCAUGUCAAUUAUAUCUUGUGGGGAGGAUGUCAUCUCCACCCAAGGGCUCAAGGUUGCAGACAUUGAAUCACUUCGAAAUGAGCAGCUUUUGAAUGAGGUUUUCUAUGAGUGCAGGAAGGAUCUCUUGGAAAAAGCAGCCAUAGAAGCUCCACUCUCUGAUGGGAUGGAUACCAAAAUUCCUUUUAUGAGGACAGAUGAAAACCAAAUUCAAGAAAACAAACCAUUUCCUGAUAUACCAUUCCAGAAAAGUGUUAGCUCAGAAUGUUUAAGCUCAAUGGACUGGAUGCAUGGAGCUGCAAUGAAACCAAGUUUCCUGGAUUUUCCUGGAAUGGAUUUUGGUUCAGUUUAUGGAAUGCGGAGGGCAUUUAGUGAAGGAGACAUUAAGGCUCUUGGUAAUGGCAUGAGCCUCAUCCCCUCUCCUCAUGAGCGUCCAUUAACAAUUAGCAACUGCACUACUGAAGAGCGCCAGGAAAAGCUUUCCAGAUAUAGGAAUAAGAAGACAAAGAGGAACUUUGGCAGGAAAAUCAAGUAUGCUUGCAGGAAGGCCCUUGCUGACAGUCAACCAAGGAUCCGUGGAAGGUUUGCAAAGACUGAAGAAUCUGAUGGAAAGAGGUAAUAACUGUUAACUAAUUCAGUUUGAGGGAGCAUAGAAAAGAAGCAGCUAGGUCCAUGAAGUAAUGAAAGAGAUAGCAUACCCUGGAAAAUAGAACUUUUGGAGUCAAUGUUAAGUUUGAACAGGUAUAACUCAAUAAACAAGACCCCUGCUAUUGUAGCCUUGAUCUCUUUAUUUGUAGUAAUAACUGCCUAGUAGACUGAAGUGCAGGAGUAGGGUUGUAUAUAAGGUUUGCUAAAAUAAGAGGGGAAGCAAAAAUUUGUACUUGUUCAUAUAUAUGUUAUGUAAUGGCAAUGUACUCAUCUCUUUAUUCAUGCUUCUACUUAACAAAUGGCACUACCAAUUAUGGUGUUGGUCACA